GGCCACCAGCAUGGCAAAACAAUUGAGUGAUGACUGAUGAGUUGAUGACAUCCACCAAACUCAGAACCCUCUCUGCAGUGUCGUCUCCGUUCUUCUGGUUGCAGCAGCUUUGGCCAUGGACUCUAAUGCAGAUCCUGAGGAUCAUAUGAUGAUCGAAAGAAGUGUUUCACAAAUGAUGCAAAUUGACCCAAGACGAGCUCGGUUUCCAUGCUGCAUUGUGUGGACCCCUCUUCCUGUCAUAUCAUGGCUGAUUCCUUUCGUUGGCCACAUUGGCAUAUGCAGAGAGGAUGGGGUAAUCUUGGACUUUGCAGGGCCCAAUUUUGUCUGUGUAGAUAAUUUUGCCUUUGGAGCAGUGACCCGUUAUAUCCAAAUUAGCAAAGAAAAGUGCUGCAUUUCUCCUCAUCAUCCUGCUCCAUACAGAAGAGAGAAUGGACGUGGACAGGAUGAAACUGAGAUAGACAUAUUGACAUGGGAUGAUGCACUGCGGAAGAGCACACAGGAAUUCCAACACCAAUCUUACAACCUUUUUACUUGCAACUGCCACUCCUUUGUGGCAAACAAUCUGAACAGAUUGGGCUUUUAUGAUGGUGGUUGGAAUGUGGUGAAUCUUGCAGCUCUCAUUUUCCUCAAAGGUCGCUGGGUGAGCACAACAUCUAUGAUAAAAUCUUUCUUACCAUUUGCCAUAGUGUCCGCUCUUGGACUGUUCUUUGGGGGCUUGACCUUCUUAACUUUCUUGGCUUUCUUCACCUUCCUUCUUGUUGGAUGGUUCCUUCUCGGUACUUACUGUUUCAAGAAUUUGAUCCACUUGUAGCUUGACCGUUAUUUGAUCAUCUGCAUGUGAAAAGACUAUAGUUCAACAAAUGUACUGAAAUACCAUUUCAAUAGAAUUAGGCCGUCGGAUUUCAUAUUGGAUGGCUUGGUCAUAGGUUAUUUAGGUAGAAAGGUAAGAGUGUAUUUUUAGUACCUGUUUUAUCAUGGUGAGCAAUUAAGGCUUUGUUUGGAUAA